UUUCCCCGAAGACCACGGAAUCCUCCGCAGGGCCUGGGAUGUCUUGGCCCAAAUACUGCAGCGUGGCCACGACCUUGAAGGCCCCUGCCUGGGCCGGCGCUGCUCCUCCCUGGGACCUCUCGUUCACCUGCCCCUUUGUCCUCCGGGCGCCCUGGCUCACCUGGCACAACCCCCUCACCAGAUACGCAUCUUACCACCCGUGUCUCCACAUUGCUGACCCAGCAUGGCAGGGGCCUGGCUGGCUGGGAAGAGUUGGAGAUGUUGCUGACACAUGGGUCCUGGCAAGAAGGGAACCAGAUGGCUUUUAUUACCGGGCUCAGAUCAAAGCUGCUCCAGAGCUGGAGAGGCAGGGGGCCCUGCUUGUAGAAUUUGAGGCUCCCCUUGUCACAGGCCCAAAGCUGCCAGCCCAGCAGCAGAGCGUGGUCUUAGAAGAAGAUGUCAUUCUGUUCUCGCCAUCCGUGGAAUACUCACUGCAACCUGGGGACAAGGUGCUGGCACCCUGGGAGCCAGACCAACAGCGGUAUGGCCCUGGCACGGUUCUCUUGGGCUUGGAGGCAAGAGACCCCGAGAGAGCAUCAAAAGAAGAAGAAAUUACUGUUCACUUCUGGAAUGGCAAGAUAGCUACAGUGCCUCUAGGUGGGGCCUGGUGGGUGCCCCCAGCUGUCUGGAAGAAGGCUAUGGAGAGGCUGCACAAGCCUUUCACCAGGGAGCACCCCAGUCCCCUUCUCUGGGCCCCUUGCUGCCCUCUGCUGGGGCCAGUUGCUGGGUAUGUCACCAACGGGCUUCCUCUGGGCACUCCGUUCCUGUGCCCUCCCUCCUACCCCUACGCCUGCUGCCAGCUGCUGUGCCAGGGCUGCCUCUGCUGCUCCCCUUUGGUUGGACCCACCUGGUGGCCUCUCACCAGGACCUCAGGGGUCACAGCCACAGAACAUCCAGAGGCCGAGCUGAAGCCCACAGCACAGCUUUUGCCCCUAGAGGGUCCUAAAGAGGAGGAAGUAGCAGUGCAAGCUCCCGUGGCUGUUUCUUCCUCCUCCUCCUCUCCUGAAGAGGAUUUGGAGAAUGAUCUGGAGAUGGGCCUCCCCCAGAGGCUGAUGGUGGACAGCACAGUCAACACAGACCCCAUCCUUCUUGAGAAGUCUCCAAGGAGGCAGAGUGGCUUCUGCCAGCCUGAGUGGAGGUACUGGAAGAGAAACAGGUCUGAGCCACAUCCUGGGAAGCCAGGAACAAGAUGUUGCAACAUCCAGAAAGAAAAGGGCAACAAACCACAGCGAGUACAAACUGUAGUCGUGGGGAACACCAAGGAGCUGAUCCUGGAAGCAACCAGCACUAAGCCACUGCAGAUCCUGCCAGAAGAAGCUGAACGCAGAAAACUGAGCCAGGAGGCUAAAAAGUAGUGGUGGUAAAUACCUGAGGAGGAGUCACACAGUGGCUGACAAGACCUCUUCAAUGGAAGGAGGUAGCGUACAGGCCACAGAUGACAGCUGAAUAAGCAGCAGCAUCUUCACCCCACUGGGACUUCCCUGCAGAUGAGCGGCAGGAAGGGGCACAGGAGCAUGGCGGCCCUGGCCAGGGCUCCCUGCCAGGAGCCUAGUCAGAUCUGCUUGAGGAUGCCUCUUCCACAGAAGCUGCAGGGUGUGGUCGGCCUGCUUUGGACAAAUGUGUCCCCAGCCUCUCUGCCAUCUUUUCAUAAAGCCUACAAUUGUACAUGAGCGAUGUUUGGUUUCACCUCUUAAUACCAAUAAAAAGGAAUUCUUGGGCCAGCCCUGAUGGCCUAGCGGUUCAAGUUUGGCACACUCCACUUUGGCGGCCCAGGUUUGAUUCCUGGGUGCA